AUGUCGACGAUGAGGACUUUAUUAUAUAUCAUUUUGCUUAUAUUAAUUUUGAGUUACUUAAAACAAGAUUCAGCGUUGUCCAGCACCGCUGAUAAAGAAGUGCAGCGAAUGUCUGCAGCGAGAGGCCCCGACUUAAACCGCGCGAUAGACGCUCUUCCUUUCGAACUACAUCUCCCAGGAUAUCAGUUUUGCGGCCCAGGAACGCAUUUAGAAGAACGAUUGGCUAGAGGUGAUCGAGGCAUCAAUCCGCUGGACGCGGCGUGUCGCGAACACGAUAUUGCUUAUUCGCAUAGCGAUAUCGCUAAAAGACACGAGGCUGACGAGAUACUCGCCACAAAAGCGUGGAAACGUUUUGACGCGGGAGAUGCGACUGUCGAAGAAAAAGCUUUGGCUAUGGUCGUUUGGGUUGUUAUGAAGGCUAAGACGAUAAUCGAAAACUAUUCGGCUGCAUUUGGUGCGGAAGAAAAUCACUACAACGAUGGCAACGACGACGACGAUGACGACGACGACGAUGAGGUUCUC